GGUUUCUCAGGGAAUGGCGGUUCCAUUGCUGGAGAAGAUGCCGCUCAGAGCCACACAGGAGUUGGGAAAAGCUCUCCUAAAUGUAAGGAUGUGACUGAAUGGUGCAGUAACUACUUGAAAAAUGGCUUUUCUGUCGGCGAUUCUGGUUAUAAAGUGAUGGACCGAGGGGGUAGAAUCCGCUGCAGUUUCCAGGACAUGGGAGUGAAUACACGACAGACUAUGGCACAUGUAAAGAAUGCUAAAACAGGUAUGACAACCCUGCACAUUCGGGUCUCGAACUGCUGAACUACCGACCUUCCACAGCCUGCAGACUGGCAACUGUACCAAUAUCGCGUCGAAUUUAGCCCAGAGCUGGAAUCCAGACGUUUGCGGCUUGCGCUGUUGUACAGCCACUCCGAAUUUCAGCUAAAAGCCAAAGCGUUUGAUGGAGCGACACUGUUUCUUACAGAAAAAUUAGAAAGCCACGUCACGGAAUUGUCCUGUGAAACCCGGAGAGGAGAGAUUGUCAAGAUCACCCUCACGCUGAUCCAUCAGCUGUCCCCCAGCUCUCCUGCUUGCAUCCAGGUUUUAAACAUCAUCUUUAAGAAGAUUUUGAAAAAGUUGUCUAUGCACCAAAUCGGACGGAACUUCUACAGUCCUUCGGAUGCAAUAGAGAUACCGCAGCACAAGCUUACUCUUUGGCCAGGCUUUGCUGUGUCCGUUGGCCACUUUGAAAACAGAGUUAUGCUCUGUGCAGACGUGAGCCAUAAAGUCCUCCGUAAUGAAAAUGUUCUGGAGUUCAUGACCAGCAUUUAUAACAGCGUGGAUAUGGCACGUGUUGCAGAGACGUGUGAAAAAGAACUGUUGGGACUUAUAGUUCUUACCAGAUACAACAAUAAAACCUACCGGAUUGAUGAUAUUGAAUGGUCUGUGAAGCCUACAGAUACAUUCCAGAAACGUGAUGGCACUCAGAUCUCUUAUGAAGAUUAUUACAAGCAGCAGUAUGAUAUAGUUGUGAGUGACCUAAACCAACCAAUGCUUGUUAGCCAGUUGAAGACGAAACGCGGCGGUGACGCUGCUGAGCCCCGUGUGGUCCUCCUGGUGCCUGAGUUAUGCUACCUCACAGGCCUGAGCAGCCGUGCAACUUCUGAUUUCCGUUUGAUGAAGGAUUUGGCUCAGGAAACUCACCUGUCCCCCCAAAACAGACAACAGAGGCUGUCUAGACUUGCUGACAACAUUCAGAGAAACAAAGAUGCCCGCUUAGAGUUGGAGACCUGGGGACUGCAGCUUGGGUGCCAGGCUUCUCUCACUGGCCGUGUAGUGACGACAGAGAAAAUCCUAUUGCAGGAUGUGAUUAUGCCCAUGAGUGCUGGGGACUGGUUCCGAGAUAUGCGGAACGUCAAGGUCAUGGGAGUGGUGCCUCUGGAGAACUGGCUUGUGGUGUUCAGCAACAGGAACUCAGAGCUAGCCCAUAAUCUCAUGCAGUGUUUGAGAAGAGUGGGAGGCCCCAUGGGCUUUCACAUCGAACAUCCCAAAAUCUUGCAAGUACAAGAAAGCCCUGUGGCAUUUGUACGAGCCCUGCGACAGCAUGUGAAUCCGGAACUGCAGCUGGUACUUUGUGUGCUCCCUUCUGGUCAGAAGGACUGCUACGACUCAAUUAAGAAAUACCUUACCCUUGAGCACCCCGUUCCUAGCCAGUGUGUUCUCGCGCGUACCCUGAGCAAGCAGGGCAUGAUGAUGAGCGUGGCCACAAAAAUCGCAAUGCAGAUCAUCUGUAAACUUGGCGGGGAGCUCUGGGCAGUGGAUAUACCGCUGAAGUCCCUCAUGGUGGUUGGGAUUGACAUCAACAAAGAUGCCGUCAACAAAGGAAGCUCAGCUGUUGGAUUUGUGGCUAGCACGAAUGUCAAGAUUAGCAGGUGGUUCUCUCGGUGCAUGCUGCAGAACUCAGGAGCGAAUGUGGCAGAUUGUUUAAAGGUCUGCCUAGAAGGUGCCCUGAGCCAUUGGCAGAAGUGCAAUGGGCAUUUACCUGCGCGCAUAAUUGUGUACCGUGAUGGGGUUGGAGAUGGCCAGCUGAAGAUGGUGGUGGACUAUGAAGUCCCACAGCUGCUUAGUGUCAUCAAUGAAUGCAGUCCGGAUCAAAGGCCCAAAUUAUCCGUGAUCGUCGUCAGGAAGAGAUGCCUUCUUCGCUUUUUUACUGAAGCCAACAGCAGCCUACAGAAUCCUCCAAUAGGGACAGUUAUUGACACGGAAGCCACUCGACCUGAAUGGUAUGACUUCUUUUUGAUUAGCCAAAUUGCUCGCCAGGGUUCAGUGAACCCCACGCAUUUCAAUGUGAUAUAUGAUGACAAUGGGUUAAAGCCGGAGCAUAUGCAACGUCUUACAUACAAGAUGUGCCACAUGUACUACAACUGGACUGGCCUCAUCAGAGUGCCGGCUCCUUGUCAGUACGCCAACAAGCUGACUUUCUUGGUCGGUCAGAGCAUCCACCAAGAGCCAAGCCUGGAACUUGCCGACAAACUUUUCUACUUGUGA